ACUCUCUGUCACUGGAGCACAUGGGGGGAGGGAGGGGGGACUCGCUAUAGAGGCAGCAGACCCACAUUACAACAAGCCCCCAUGCAAGCGGGACUGAGCUGCGCUGUCUCCCUGUGGAUUACUGCCAGAGAGAGAGAGAGGGGAGUUUUCAAUGACAGCUCCAAACUUCAGCCUCGUAUCAGGAGCGGAUCUGUGCGCGCAGCGGAUUCGGUUCCUCUUUGCGCAUGGCCUGAUUGUCACUUCUGCGUAAAGACAUCACCUAUUUUCUUUUCCGCCCUGUGCGUGAUUCAACUCACACUGCAAAUGAGCGCACGUCUCAGCUUGUGCGAGGUUCAUCAUCACCAGGAGCAGCAGGGGAAAGAGAGGAGGACCUUUUAAGGAGCAGCCGCGGAGGAGAAAGUGGACUAAAGUGCCUGUUGCGCACAGGAGAGUGUGAUUUCCUCCUUUUCGUCUCUCCUCGGACUUUAUUAAGUUCAGAGGAAGUCAUGACUUCGGUUUGGAAGAGACUUCAGCGCGUUGGUAAAAAGGCGUCAAAGUUUCAGUUCGUCGCUUCCUACCAGGAACUGGUGUUGGAGUGCAACAAGAAAUGGCAACCGGACAAGCUGAGGGUGGUGUGGACCAGGAGGAACAGACGCAUGUGUUCCAAGCUCCACAGCUGGACGCCUGGAAUCAAGAACCCCUACAGGGGCACGGUGGUGUGGCCGGUCCCAGAGAACAUCGACAUCUCUGUGACACUCUUCAAGGAUGCCAACGCUGAUGAGUUUGAGGACAAAGAGUGGACCUUUGUCAUUGAAGGUGAGAGCAAGGGGCAUCGUAAGGUGCUGGCGUCGGCUGACAUCAACCUGAAGCGGUUUGCCAGUCCCACGCCGACGCAGAUUGACCUGACGCUGAAGCUGAAGCCGCUGUCCGUCAAAGUGGUGGAGGCCACGCUCAAGCUCUCGCUGUCGUGUGUCUUUGUUCGUGAGGGAAAAGCCACUGAUGAAGACAUGCAGAGUCUUGCCAGCCUGAUGAGCGUGAAACCCUUAGACAUCGGUAACAUGGACGACUUCAAUGAGAGCGAUGAAGACGAGGACAAGAAGUCCGUCACUGCGUCAGGCUUAACGUUCCCCCUCGCUCAAGCAGAAAAGGAAACGACUCAGAGCCCUCUAAGCCGAGGGGAAGAGGCGGCUAACAUCAGGAUAUCCAACCAGCAAAUCAGACCAGACCUGAACUCAAAGGCGGCCGUCACAGAAAACAAAGCUGAGCCAGGAAGGAUCAGUUCUGCCCAAUCCCGCUCUGAGCUGAUCAUAGCCCCGCCCCCUCCAUGGCCCUUCUCGUGCAGUGAGAGCUCCACCAAUCAGCAGCCCUCCACCAACGUUGUGGCUGCUUUUAUCACUCACAGGCAGCCAAAUGCUCAGAGGGUUAUUGAUUUGAAAAAGCCAAUCGAUGAAACGCAGAAUGUUAUCGGCGCCAGUAUGGCCAAAAAGCCGCCAUUGGCGCAGCCCGAGUCUGAGCUCGACUUUGACAGCGUCAUUUUUGAGCCGUUUGACCAGAGACAUGAAUCAGGGAGCUUGUUUCUGGAAGAGGAUGAUUCUAAGCGGGAUACUAUCAAAAGGUGUCCUCCAGGUUUCGAACAAAAAGCAAAAGAAAAGACCUGUGGAGAAAAGACAGAGCAGUUAGAGGGAGCAGCGACGCAGAGGGAGGAGAAGAUGAGGGCCGAACAGAGCGAAAAAGAAAAACAAGAGGAGGAACGGAGGAGGAAGGAGGAAGAGGAAAGAGCAGUGCUCCUGAAACAGGGGCAGGAGGAGAGGAAAAAACAUGAGGAAGAGAGAAAGAGACUGUUAGAGGAGGAGAAGAAGAGGCUGUGGCAAGAGGAGGAGGAGGUGAAAAAAGAGAGGGAAAGGAGGAAACGCGAGGAGGAGAGACUCCUGAAGGGGAAGAGAGAUAAACAGGAAAAUCAGCUGAGAGAGGAAGAGGAGAAAAGAAAGCGGGAGGAAGAGGAGAGGAAGAAAAGAGAGCAGGAGAGGAGACUCCUGAAGGCGGAGGAGGAAAAGGAAAAACUUAAAAGGGAAGAGGAGAGGAGAAGUGAGAGAGAGAGAUUCCUGAGAAAGAUGAAGGAGGAGGAGGAGAAGAGGAUGGAAGAGUGGAGAGUGCUUGAGGAGCAAAGGAGGAAGAGGGAGGAAGAGAAGAAGAAGCUCCUGGAGGAAGAGGAGAGGAGGAAACUGGAGGAGAAAGCUCUGAAAGUGGAGCAACAGAAAAUUAAGGAGGAGAAGAAAGUCAUAGAAACAGAGGAGAGAGGAAGGAGAGAAAUGGAAGAAAAGGAGAGACUUCUCAAGGAGGAGAAAGAGAAACUCCUUCAGGAGGAGAAAAAGAGGAGGGAUACAAAGAAAAAAGAAGAGGUGGAAAGGCAGAAAAGAGAAGAAGAGAAAAGACAUGCAGAGGAGGAGGUGAACAGGAGUAAAGAAAAACUGUUGAAGGAGCAGAGAGAAAAGGAAAAGGUGCAAAAGGAUGAAGAGGAGAGGAGGAGGAAGGAAGAGGAGGAGAACAAAGUCAAAGAAGCAGAGGAGAGACGAAAGAGGGAAUUAGAAAAAAAGGAGACACUCUUAAACGAUGAGAAAGAAAGGAUGGAGAGAAAGAAAAAAGAAGAGGAGGAAAGGCAGAAAAGGCAUGAAGAGGAGGAGGAGAGGAGGAAAGAAAGGCUCUUAAAAGAACAGAGAGAAAGGAUGCAAAAAGAGGGAGAGGACAUGAGGAGGGUGGCAGAGGAGGAGAAGAAAGUCAAAGAAGCAGAGGAGAGCAGAAAGAGGGAAGUCGAAGAAAAGGAGAGACUUCUCAAAGAAAAGGAGAAUGAGAGACUCUUAAAGGUGGAGAGGGAAAGGAUGGAGAAAAAGAAAAAAGAAGAGGAGGAAAGACGUGAAGAGGAGGCGGAGAAGAGGAUGAAAGAACGACUCUUAAAGGAGCAGAGAGAGAAAGAAAGGAUGCAAAAAGCUGAAGAAGAGAGGAGGAGGAUGGAAGAGAAGGAGAAGAAAGUCAAAGAAGCAGAGGAGAGAAGAAGGAGGGAAGUGGAAGAAAAGGAGAGACUUCUUGGAAAGGCUCUAAUCUUCAGUCCAGACGCCAACAGAUCAGACGAGGACAAGCAGAAGAUGAGAACUCUGGUUUCCUCUUCAUCUCCUCCUUUAUCAGUCUCUCAGUUAAACACACACCUCACGCCCACACCUCCUCCUGGUCUCCCUCUCCCUGCUGGCCCCCUCCCUCCUCAGAACAAAACCACUGUUACAUUCAAGGACCUGCCCUCACAAAUUCUCCUCCAGGGCUCUGCCUCCAUUAACUCCAGCACAGACCGCUCAAACAGAGAAGAUGCUUCUGAGGUGGACGCCCCUGUCACUCAAGAGGCCCAGCCAAUCACAGCCAAAGACUCAGAACCACCUCACGUAGAACCACCUCCUGCUCGACCUGGUGCACCAUCCGUUACAGAGGAGCCCAAAGAGCCAGAGGGACCCUGCAUGGAACCAACAACCUCUUUCAAGGUUUCCCCCAAACCAGGCGGCGAGCGCACGGCCUUGGCGCUGGAGCCACUGCUGCCCUCAAAGCCAGAACCAGGAUUGCAGACAGAACCAGUCCUCCAGCCGUCGGGUAAACCACAAGAGGAGGCAGCAGAUGAGGAGAAGCCAGCAGGCAGCUCUGCUGGUGGUGAGGAGAGUUUGGUUGACAAUAAGGAGCCAGUGUGCGCUGCGGAGAAGCAGCUGUGGGCAGCUGUGGAGGAGACCACAGCGGAGACAGGAGGAGACAAAGCGAUGGAAAGCAGUGAGAGCGCUGAAGAGAAGGAUGAGCAGGAGAAGAGGGAGGAAGGUGUAACAGGGGGCUACGAGACAGUGACCUCCCUCCUGCACACGACUGGAUCCGCUGAUGCAGGUCACGCAGGGAUGAAGUCUUCCUCUGAUCAAGAUGAGGAUCCACUGGUUGCCGUUGGAGUGGGCAUUUCACCACCCACAGCCUUCUCUGACGUAACUGAAAAUCGGACUAUUAGUGAAGAGAAGGAAUCGGCUCAGAAAGUGGAGUGCUUGACUUCAGUGGAGCCACGUGGGCUAAGUCUGGUGGCAAGUCUGCGACUGGCAGCCAGUGAGCAGGAGAAAAAUAGAGAGCAGGAGAAGGAGAAGAGGGAGAAAGAAAGGAUAGAGAACAUGGAGAGGGAGGAGAGGGCCAGGAAGGGGAGAGAAAAGGCACAAAGAGAAAAGGAGGAAAGAGAGAGGCGGGAAAAGGAGAAAGAAGAGAUGGAGAGGAAGGAGAGGGAAAAGAUCGAGAGGGAAAAGGCAGAAGAAAGAAAGAGGUUGGAAAAAGAGAGGGAGAAGCUGGAGAGGGAGGAGAAAGAAAGGGUUGAGAGGGAAAUGAAAGUGAGGGCUGAGAGGGAAAAGGAGGAAAGACAGAGGCUGGCAAAGGAGAAACAGGAGAGGGAAAGGAUUGAGAGGGAAAAGGCAGAAGAGAGAAAGAGGUUAGAAAAAGAGAGAGAGAAGCUGGAGAGAGAAGUGAGGGAAAAGGCAGAGAGGGAAAUGAAAGUGAGGAUUGAGAGAGAAAAGGAGGAAAGAGAGAGGCUGGCAAAGGAGAAAUCAGAGAUGGAGAGGGAAAAGAUGGAGAGGGAAAAGGCAGAAAAGAAAAAGAGGUUGGAAAAAGAGAGGGAGAAGCUGGAGAGGGAAGAGAAAGAAAGGGUUGAGAGGGAGAAGGAGGAAAGAGAGAGGCUGGCAAAGGAGAAAGCAGAGAUGGUGAGGAAGGAGAGGGAAGAGAAAGAAAGGGUUGAGAGGGAAAUAAAAGUGAGGGCUGAGAGAGAAAAGGAGGAAAGAGAGAGGCUGGCAAAGGAGAAAUCAGAGAUGGAGAGGAUGGAGAGGGAAAAGGCAGAAAAGAAAAAGAGGUUGGAAAAAGAGAGGGAGAAGCUGGAGAGGGAAGAGAAAGAAAGGGUUGAGAGGGAGAAGGAGGAAAGAGAGAGGCUGGCAAAGGAGAAAGCAGAGAUGGUGAGGAAGGAGAGGGAAGAGAAAGAAAGGGUUGAGAGGGAAAUAAAAGUCAGGGCUGAGAGAGAAAAGGAGGAAAGACAGAGGCUGGCAAAGGAGAAACAGGAGAGGGAAAGGAUUGAGAGGGAAAAGGCAGAAGAUAGAAAGAGGUUAGAAAAAGAGAGAGAAAAGUUGGAGAGGGAAAAGGCAGAGAGGGAAAUGAAAGUGAGGAUUGAGAGAGAAAAGGAGGAAAGAGAUAGGCUGGCAAAGGAGAAAUCAGAGAUGGAGAGGAAGGAGAGGGAAAAGGAAGAAGAGAGAAAGAGGUUAGAAAAAGAGAGAGAGAAGCUGGAGAGGGAAGUGAGGGAAAAGGCAGAGAGGGAAAUGAAAGUGAGGAUUGAGAGGGAAAAGGAGGAAAGAGAGAGGUUGGCAAAGGAGAAAGCAGAGAUGGAGAGGAAGGAGAGGGAAAAGAUGGAGAGGGAAAAGGCAGAAGAAAGAAAGAGGUUGGAAAAAGAGAGGGAGAAGCUGGAGAGGGAAGAGAAAGAAAGGGUUGAGAGGGAAAAGGAGGAAAGAGAGAGGCUGGCAAAGGAGAAAGAGGAGAUGGAGAGGAAGGAGAGGGAAAAGGCAGAAGAAAGAAAGAGGUUGGAAAAAGAGAGGGAGAAGCUGGAGAGGGAAGAGAAAGAAAGGGUUGAGAGGGAAAAGGAGGAAAGAGAGAGGCUGGCAAAGGAGAAAGAGGAGAUGGAGAGGAAGGAGAGGGAAAGGAUGGAGAGGGAAAAGGCAGAAGAGAGAAAGAGGUUGGAAAAAGAGAGGCAGAAGCUGGAGAGGGAAGAGAAAGAAAGGGUUGAGAGGGAACUGAAAGUGAGGGCUGAGAGGGAAAAGGAGGAAAGACAGAGGCUGGCAAAGGAGAAAGAGGAGAUGGAGAGGAAGGAGAGGAAAAAGAUAGAGAGGGAAAAGGAAGACGAGAGAAACAGGUUGGAAAAAGAGAGGGUGAAGCUGGAGAAAGAAGAGAAAGAAAGGGUUGAGAGGGAGAAGCAGGAAAGAGAGAGGCUGGCAAAGGAGAAAGCAGAGAUGGAGAGGGAGGAGAGGGAAAAGAUGGAGAAGGAAAAAGCAGAAGAGAGAAAGAGGUUGGAAAAAGAGAGGGAGAAGCUGGAGAAGGAAGUGAGGGAAAAGGCAGAGAGGGAAAUGAAAGUGAGGAUUGAGAGGGAAAAGGAGGAAAGAGAGAGGCUGGCAACAGAGAAAGCAGAGAUGGAGAGGAAGGAGAGGGAAAAGGCAGAAGAGAGAAAGAGGUUGGAAAAAGAGAGGGAGAAGCUGGAAAGGGAAGAGAAAGAAAAGGUUGAGAGGGAAAUGAAAGUGAGGGCUGAGAGGGAAAGGGAGGUAAGACAGAGGCUGGCAAAGGAGAAAGAGGAGAUGGAAAGGAAGGAGAGGGAAAAGGCUGAAGAGAGAAAGAGGUUGGAAAAAGAGAGGGAGAAGCUGGAGAGGGAAGAGAAAGAAAGAGUUGAGAGGGAAAAGGAGGAAAGAGAGAGGCUGGAAAAGGAGAAAGAGGAGAUCGAGAGGAAGGAGAGGGAAAGGAUGGAGAGGGAAAAGGAAGAAGAGAGAAAGAGGUUGGAAAAAGAGAGGGAGAAGCUGGAGAGGGAAGAGAAAGUGAGGAUUGAGAGGGAAAAGGAGGAAAGAGAGAGAUUGGCAACAGAGAAAGCAGAGAUGGAGAGGAAGGAGAGGGAAAAGGCAGAAGAGAGAAAGAGGUUGGAAAAAGAGAGGGAGAAGCUGGAGAGGGAAGAGAAAGAAAGGGUUGAGAGGGAAAUGAAAGUGAGGGCUGAGAGGGAAAGGGAGGAAAGACAGAGGCUGGCAAAGGAGAAAGAUGAGAUGGAAAGGAAGGAGAGGGAAAAGGCUGAAGAGAGAAAGAGGUUGGAAAAAGAGAGGGAGAAGCUGGAGAGGGAAGAGAAAGAAAGAGUUGAGAGGGAAAAGGAGGAAAGAGAGAGGCUGGAAAAGGAGAAAUCAGAGAUGGAGAGGAAGGAGAGGGAAAAGAUGGAGAGGGAAAAGGCAGAAAAGAAAAAGAGGUUGGAAAAAGAGAGGGAGAAGCUGGAGAGGGAAGAGAAAGAAAGAGUUGAGAGGGAAAAGGAGGAAAGAGAGAGGCUGGAAAAGGAGAAAGAGGAGAUGGAGAGGAAUGAGAGGGAAAGGAUGGAGAGGGAAAAGGAAGAAGAGAGAAAGAGGUUGGAAAAAGAGAGGGAGAAGCUGGAGAGGGAAGAGAAAGAAAAGGUUAAGAAGGAAAAGGAGGAAAGAGAGAGGCUGGCAAAGGAGAAAGAAGAUAUGGAGAGGAAGGAGAGUGAAAAGGCAGAAGAGAGAGAGAGGUUAGAAAGAGAGAGGGAGAAGAUGGAGAGGAAGGAGAGGGAAAGGAUGGAGAGGGAAAAGGCAGAAGAGAAACAGAGGCUGGAAAAAGAGAGGGAGAAGGUGGAGAGAGAAGUGAGGGAAGAGAAAGAAAGAGUGGAGAGGGAAAAGAAGGAAAGAGAGAGGUUGGCAAAGGAGAAAGCAGAGAUGGAGCGGAAGGAGAGGGAAAGGAUCGAGAGGGAAAAGGCAGAGGAGAGAAAGAGGAUGGAAAAAGAGAGGGAGGAGUUGGAGAAUCGGCAAAGGGAAGGUAGGGAAAAGGCAGAUAAAGAAAGGGAGCAGCGGACGUUAGAUGAGGAAGAAAAGAAAAAAGAAAUGGCAAAAAAGAAGAUGGAAGAGGAGAAGAGCAGAAAAAAAGAGCAAGAGAAUAUGGUGGAGAGGGUUGAUAGGAGCAAAGGAAUGAAACCACAACAGAGACAAGAGUUAGCUUGUGACUCAGUGCAAAGCAGACAGGAAGUUGUGGGCAUCCAAUCAGCUGAGUGGCCUCCACUGAGAGAAGCAGACCUGGAUGAUAUCGCAUAUGAUGAUGAUGAUGAUGAAGAGGAGUCAGAAAACAAAUCUGAUCCCAAAGCUGAAAUCAAACUGCUCUCCACCAGAUCAGCUGACUCUGCCCCUGCAGCCGGACCAACAAAUAAAUCUGACCUCAGAUCAGGCAAACCUGAGGACCGUGAUACUUCUGUCAAGAAGCCCCUGAGUGAUACUCGUCCCAGAUCAGUUAAACCAGUCAAAGCCAACAUUCAACUGGCUGCCAUCCCGGAGUGGAUGAGGGAGGAGGAGAGCGAGGAGGUGGAGUACGAGAGAGGCCACGAGGAUCUCGGCACCAUCUGGCUGGCUGAGCUGUACAUGGAGGGGGAAGCGGGCCCAGGACAGCCAUCCUCUGCUGUAACCCAGAAGCCCUCCCCUCUGCCCUUCAGGGAACAAACCCGUCACCAGACCUCUGCUGCCAGUUACUUAAUGACCAGUCCGGCUGACCAUCCAAUUGAGAUGAGGCCUAAACCUUCUUCCCAACAAACCGAGCCUCUUCAUCCAAGCGCAAACGCAACCGGCAAACACUCUGACUUGAAACACACCAAGAUAAACGUUGACAUGCACAUCAGCAAGACACAUGACGACCCAAGGAAACCCACAGAUUCACUCAUGAGUCUUGAAAAGAGUGAAGUUAAAAACGUGAAACAUUCCAAGAGCUUGAGUAAGCAUCCCACAGAGAACGACAGCACACGGAUGGACGGCCGACACACCUCGACCCCAGAUCAGAACGACCCCAUCAAAGCCAAACAGCUCCAGGAGGAGGAGGAGUUCCUGUUAGCCAAAUUCCGUCUGCUGACCGGUGGCGACACGUCACCCGUCUCCGGCGCUCGCAGUAUGAAACGCCUCAUCCCCGCCCCCGGGGAGAUCGAGUGUGACGCCACAGAAAACCCUCCUGAACUUAUUGAUCAGAAUCAGAUCUCAUUCACCCGCGGCUGUGACGGCCUGCAGGAAAUAUCUCUAACUGAGACAGAGGAGCCACUGAGAGGGAAGCGUGUAGACAAGUCCAGCACAGACACACACAACCCUCCUGCCCAUUACUCUGAGAUGCAGACCUCUUGGCUUCCUACAUUAAUAGAAGAGGAAACCGCGGAUAUCAAAACACCUGCUCCAGUUUCAACAGUCAGACAGGAGGCCGAUGGGAAGGAUGACUCCUCUGAGGAGCUGGUGAACUCCAGCCAGUCGCUGCUGCAGUGGUGUCAGGACAUCACCAGCCAGUACCGGGGGGUAAAGGUCACCAACUUCAGCACGUCCUGGAGGAACGGCCUGGCCUUCUGUGCCCUCCUGCAUCACUUCCACCCAGACAAAAUAGAUUUUGACCAGUUGAAGCCACAUGACAUCAAGCUCAACAACAAAAAGGCGUUUGACGGUUUCGAGGCGCUGGGCAUCUCGCGGCUGCUGGAGCCGUCCGACAUGGUUCUCCUGGCCGUCCCCGACAGGCUCAUAGUGAUGACCUACCUCAGCCAGAUCCGCUCGCACUUCACCAACCAGGAGCUGAGCGUGCUGCAGAUCGAGCACAACAGCAGCCAGUCCAGCUACGGCCUGGCCCCCUCCGGCCCCGCCCCCACCAACGUCGACGCUGCCGCUUUCUGCAUGGCCAGACUGAACGAGGGAGUGACUCUAGAGGAAGGGGGAAGCAGCACACUGGUGGUCCCGCCUCCGAGGACCAAACGACUAGUUAAAGGUGACGAGUCAAUAUCCCCUGUCGCACCCCCAAGAUCUAUCACCAAGACAGUCACAUCUGGAUUCACUCAGGAUGAAGACACAAUGACAAACACAAAGAAAACAGAGCUGCAACCAGCUGCAGGGACAGAGCCUCCAAAACAAGACGCUGAAACAAUGUGUUUGCAGGACACCAGUCAGUAUGUGCUGAGUGAGCUGGCAGCGUUAGAGACGGAGCAAAGGCACAUCGACAGCAGAGCCGCUGUGGUGGAGCGACGACUGCGGAGCCUCAUGGAAACAGGAAGUGACCGUGAUGAAGAGGAGAGACUGAUCCAGGAGUGGUUCAUGCUGGUGAACAAGAAGAACGCUCUGAUACGCAGACAGGACAACCUGGAGCUACUGCAAGAGGAGCAGGAUCUGGAGCGGAGGUUUGAGCUUCUCAACAGAGAACUGCGGGUCAUGAUGGCUAUAGAAGAGUGGCAGAAGUCGUCCACUCAGCAGCAGAGGGAGCAGCUGCUCCUCCAGGAGCUGGUGUCUCUGGUCAACCAGCGGGACGAGAUCAUCAGAGACAUCGACGCCAAGGAGAGAGGGGCAAUGGAGGAGGAUGAGCGGCUGGAGCGUGGUCUGGAGAUGAGGAGGCGAAAAUACAGCAACAAAGACAAAUGUGUCCUGCAGUGAGAAGACAGGACAAUCACAAGCAGCUUUUACUACUGAGCCCCUGAAGUAGUCUGUUCAUAAUCGAUAUGAGCAGAAUGGAAAACGCUCCCUUUCUUAGUGCCUUGAUUUUCCCUAAGAGCUUCCAGAUUGGGGCUGAAAACGUUUUGUUUAUUCAGUUUAAUUAUUUUCAGCCUGUCUUAUCGUAAUGAUAUUAUUUUGAUUCUAUUCACCUGUUUGUAUUUAUUUAAAUGAUGUGCCUUUAUUUUUAUUGUUGUACAUCUGUUGCACACGUGUUGUUUUUGUGUGUUUGUGUGUAUAUUCUGCUGUGCUCAUUCAGUAUUUAAAAAUGGGUUUUCCUGUUAUCAUGGCCAACAUAACAUGUUCAAAUCAAAACGGAUAUGUGCCAAAUCCUUCAUGAUAAACAGUUAACAGUUUCUUAUCAUAAAUGCACAUUAAAAAAAAAUCUGUACCAUUUUUGUUAGUAAUAUCCGUUUCUGUUUUUUCACCAUGAGAAACACAACAAUUACAUUUCAGAUACAAACAUUGUAAGUGAGAAAUCCUGAGCUGGACUCAAACCCACAACGUUGUUUGAUGCCAACGUCACAUUGUGAUAAAGUCUGAAAGCAUUUCCACUUAUUGCAAGAAUAGAAUCAUGCUUUUCAUUAGAAGUGAGAGGUUUAUAAAGUGUUUCUACACGUUAAAGAUGCCUGAUGUAGUUUCAAGUUUAGAGUAUUUAUUUUACACCAUGAGUGCCUUGAAUAAACCAGUGUGGUUGAACUGCUUUAUUCACAGAAACGAUCCUGUUCCUUCAUUUCUGUGUCGUGUUGACUACUGUGUGCCUGCUGUUUAGGAGCUGUGCUGAUAAAGUGGUACUUAAAGUGGCUUCACAUCACCACUGUGUGCCCAUCACACUGUAUAUUUAUGUUGAUGAUGUUGAUAAUUGUGAUGACAAAUUAUAAUAAACAUUGGUUGGUUGCUCA